ACCAACACCUGGCUGGAUGCUUUUGCGCAAGCGUAAAGAAAAAAGUUCGGCGGCGCUAGCAGACUGCCGCUGGUCACCUUUCACCAGCGAAGUAGGGAGAAUUUUUUAGGGGGGCUAUUUAAAGAAAACACUGUACCGAGCUCGUCAAAGAACUGAAGUACUCCUUCGUACGGCGGACAGAGGGAGACUGUAAUGACCCGCUGCGUUUGUCAGAGACGGAAGAUGCGGGGAAAUGAUAUCGUGCGCGCGGAAGUUUGUGUUUACUUACGCCGUGGUAGCUAGCGUGUUGGCCCUGUUAGCCUGUUAGCGAGAAAGGUGCGCUGUGUCUGGACGGGUUAAUAGCAACACUUACAAGUCAGCCCAGCUACGUUAAACAGUAGAAACAUACUGUAUAUAUCCUGAAGCUAACAACGAGCUGGUGGCAGAUGCUGGGGAUUGCUCAAACUCUUGAAACAUUGGUGCGGGCCACGAGCCGUGAACUCUGCGUGCGCGUGUCAACACGCAGGCAGAAGUUAUUUACAAAGAGGGCACUUUAAGCCCUAAUCUCAAACGUAUAGACCUGCAAAACGUGAUUUAAAUAUUAACUGCCGCCCUCAGUGCGGUUACGAAUGACAUAUCAGGCUUGCGUCCCUGUGCGUGAAAACCAUCCUCCUCAUCGGACCUAGUACAUCGUCCUCGUCCGCAAUGGGGGCCCUGUUUAGCCAGUGAGACCCGUAAAAGCGAUCUGGAGCCCGUUAGCCAUGGGGGGAUGUAUGGGCAGAUACUUGGAAGGCUGGGAAGACUCGCAGAGUCGGGGCUCCUCCAGGAACGGUGGACGAGGAGGGCGUAACGAGCCUCUGAAAAAAGAUCGUCCUAAGUGGAAGAGUGACUACCCGAUGACGGAGGGCCAGCUACGGAGCAAGCGGGAUGAGUUUUGGGACACGGCGCCGGCCUUCGAGGGCCGCAAGGAAAUCUGGGAUGCUCUGAAAGCAGCCGCUGUGGCCUUGGAGUGUAACGACCAUGAAUUAGCUCAGGCUAUAGUGGAUGGAGCCAGCAUCACACUGCCACACGGUACCCUGACAGAGUGUUACGAUGAACUUGGGAACCGCUACCAGCUGCCCGUCUACUGCCUGGCACCACCCAUCAACCUCAUCUCAGAGCGUAGUGACGAAGACCCCAGCGACAGCCCUGAACCCCCAGCAGCAUCCAAGAAGGAAUUCCAGCUCAAGGUGCGGCUGUCCACAGGAAAGGACUUGCGUCUCAGCGUCAGCAUGGUUGACACCAUAGGCCAGCUGAAGAAGCAACUGCAAGCUCAGGAAGACAUCGACACCGUUCACCAGCGCUGGUUCUUCUCCGGGAAGCUGCUCACGGACAAGACACGGCUGCAAGACACUAAGAUCCAGAAGGACUUUGUGAUCCAGGUUAUCGUCAACCCACAGGCACUCCAAGCCCCCAAACCAUCACCACCGACAACCACCGCCUCCUCACCUGUGCCCGAGUAACCGAGGACCGUCAGAGGAGCGAUGCAGUCUGUGAUGGACCAGAGGUGCCUCCCAAUGCUGGAUAACUUAUUCUUCUUGACAAAAGCUACUGUUACUGAAAGAGAAAUAAACUGUGAGGGUGAAACACACAAAAACAGACAAAGA